AUGGUUGCUGCUGCUGCCUCGCUUCCUAAUGGGACGGCCGACGCCCCCGUCGUCGACCCUUCCCUCGCGCCUUCUGGUGAAACCGACGAUGUCGUAGAUGAUGACAGCUUCAGCGAUGCCUACGGCGAGGAGACGGAAGACGUGGUCGUAGAGCCUCCGCGGCAGGAGCUCGUCGACAACAACGACGACUACGCCAAGACGUUUGAUUCUCCUAUCGGUCCCGAGGAAGGGGAAGACCAAGAUGUAUCAUCAGAACCACGAGAAUCCAACGAGAAUUCAUCAUCAUUUUUAUCCGAUCAUUUGACUAGUCGCCCAUCAGACGUCUCUCAUAUCGCUGCUGAUACAUCCGCAUCUGUCCCAGCUGCUCAGAACCCAUCUCUCUCUACCGCCCAGCCCGAUGCUGGUCCUAAGCCCGCCGUGCUGCAAGUUAGCGAUGCGCACGCCUCUUCCAUCCCGUUUGUGGCUCAACCCACACCCUCCGGAGCUGGCCCUGCCCGGCAAGACUCCGAGAACUCUUCAUCUCUUGACAUCCAACAGCUCGUGGCUGACCUCACUGCCCAUCCCGCUGAAUCUAGCUCCGGGAACCCUGACCCAACGGCUGAAGUCCCGGUGGCCUCUAACCCCUUUCCUUCAACUGCUACCUCAACCGCCACCACUAUCCCUACUGCUUUGCCAUCAUCUUCCUCUCUCCCACCGCGCCCUCCAUUGCCGCAGGUCGCCCCCCAAUCGUAUGCUUCUCAGCACCAUCCUCCCGGAACCAAUUCCAAUGUCCCAGGAGGCGUUGGGGUGUCGCCCACGCCGGGACAGUCCUCCACUUUUGCAAUUGCUGGUGCCCCUGGAACCUCAACUGAAGCUUUGGGGAACCUCCCACCCCCUCCUGCCACAGCCAUGAAUCCUUCGGCUGCUGCAGCAUCCAUAAACCCUGCUCCAUAUCCUUCCAACCCAUCCGGAUAUCCUGCUGAUCGAGCCCAAGAUGCCGACUAUCAGCGCCAGUGGGACCAGUUCAUGGCCGAUGAGCGACAAUACAUGUCGGAGGCCAAAUGGGAUCGUUUCCCUGAGGGGUCGCGUAUUUUCAUCGGAAAUCUUUCCAGCGACAAGGUUUCCAAGCGUGAUGUAUUUGAUAUAUUUCACAGAUAUGGCAGGCUGGCCCAGAUUUCUCUCAAGUCAGCUUAUGGAUUCGUACAAUAUCACACCGUCGAGGAAGGACGUAGUGCUCUAGAAAACCUCCAGGGCAUGGAAGUGAAGGGGCGCCGCAUCCAUUUGGAAAUCUCUCGGCUCCAAGAUAAAUCUAAAAAAGAGAGGAACCGUAGUCCUGAGCGGGCCCGCGGACGUGAUGGUGGCCGUAGAGGAGAAAAGUAUCGUGAUGAUAAUCGAUCAACGCGCAAUCAGUCGCCUCGUCGUAAUGAGUACUAUGGCAAAACCGAUAGAGCCGACCGGACUGAUAGGGCCGAGAGCUACGGCCGGGACCGAGGAUACUAUGACUCGGGCAGAGGUCGUGGCCGCUCCCGAUCUCCCAGCGGAUAUGCCAGGAACGAAAAAGAUUCCUACCGCAGGAGGACACCCAGCCCCUACAACAGAUCGCGGCAUGAGGCAGAGCUCGACCUGCCGCGUCGAUAUGGUGCAGACGUCCCGGAUGUCCAAAUCAUUAUGCAGCCAGACGUCAAUCGAGACUUUGGCACCUGGGUCGAGGGUGCCUUCAAGGCGAAGGGUCUGAGAACCAAUGUCAUGUAUCUCCACCCGCGGUUUCCGAAGGACCAAGUCAUCCAAAGACAAGCGGCCGAGGGCGUGCACGGGGUUGUAGACCUGGACCUCCGCGCUCAAGGUAUGGCUAGAAUUCCCGUCCACUCAUUCGACCGGUCCGGCGGCAUCCACAAUGUCCGUUUCGAGCAAUACGUCGACCUGGAGCCAAGCACAGCGGCAGAAGUCAUCCUGCGAGCCAAAGCUUCCGGCGCGGCAAACUAUGGCCAACCCUACGGAGGCGCCAGUGGAUAUCCCACGCAGUAUGGCGCACAAGCCCCGCAACCUCCUCACGUAGCUGCGUACCCUGGUAUGCAGCAGCCCGGCUCGUAUCCACCACAAGCUGCACCAUCUGCUGCCGACCUCGCGAGUCUCAUCGGCCAAGUGGACAACAAUACGCUACAACGGCUCUUGUCCACCAUUCAGGCAGGGUCUGCGGGAGUGGUGCCUGGCGGACUCGCACAUGGCGGCGCGAAGCCGGCUGCACCAGCCGCUAAUGCACCAGUUGAUAUCCAAGCAAUCCUGGGGUCUCUCAAUGGAGGAGCGGCACCGCAGCAACACCAUCCUCAGAUGCAAUACGGCGCGCCAUACGGUGGCCAGCCGUCCGUCGGAGUUGCGCAACAAGCGGCAGGCACCGGCGACGCGGCGGCUCAGGUGCAGAAUAUCAUGGCCCAGCUGGCUCGUUAUCGGCAGUGA